UCUAAGGACAGGAGGCGUUGGUUCGACCGGAAGUGGUGCCGUCAGGGAUGUCAAGCGGAGACUUGGUGCGACGUUCGGGACAGGGCUGGUGGCGCUACGCGUUAGCGGACUCGCGUGGCUGGGCGUGAGGCGAGAAAGCAGAAAGGAUCCUCCACGCUUAUAUAAGAUUGUUCGUAUGACUCAGUCUCUGAGACCACAUCAAGAGUUCCAACAUCUAGCAGCUCUAUCACCAGGACAGACCCUCUAAAACUAAUCCUAACAAGUACAUCUAAAGUUUUCUCCUUCACAGGUUAAGGCUACUUUUCCAKAUAGUCCAACCACUAAGUCAGGAGUUUCCAAGGGCAUUUACCUCACCUGUGGAAAACUUCAGAUCCUUGCCUAUCAGAUGUUCUUGACAACUCAUCCCAUCAUCCCCAUUCUACAUAAGUUUCCAUACCAGCGGACAACCAAGACAACUGCUGAGCUUUUUAUUACCAAGUAGAUUUAAUGUCACUGCCAACAAAACGGAGUGGACAAAGUGUCUCUUGAUAAUAUCACUACCCGUUGAAACUACGCCAAGAAAAUCAGCAUGCCUAGUUGAGGACCCUUCUCUUCUUGGGUAGUCAGGAUUUGAAGGAGAUACUCUGACGUGUGCCACUGGUAAGUGACUAACAAUUUUACUCGCUGAACUGGUCCUGAGACUAAGAUGUCUACCUUGUAAGUGAAGAAUAUACAUCAUAAUCUUGAAGAACUGCACAGUGGUGUAGGCCAGAGGCAUACUCUGUGUGUAUAAUGGACUGACAAAUUAAUCUUGGUGAAAAGAUUUGUCAUCUUAUUUCUAUUCGCCAGUGUUAGUCAUUGUUCUGCUGGCUUAGAUUGUUAACCUUUUUCUGGUUUCUUACUUUUUUCUUAAUGGGUCCCAGAAAUCCCUCUCCUGACCCUUUGUCAGAAUCAGAAAGUGAGGAAGAAGAAAACAUUAGCUACCUAAAUGAGAGUUCUGGAGAAGAGUGGGAUUCCUCAGAAGAAGACGACCCCAAGGUGCCCAACCUAACACCUCUUGAGAGUCUUGCCUGGCAGGUUAAGUGCCUUUUAAAAUAUUCUACAACUUGGAAACCUUUAAAUCCUAAUUCCUGGUUGUAUCAUGCUAAACUCUUGGAUCCAAGUACACCAGUUCAUAUACUUCGAGAGAUAGGUCUAAGACUCUCCCAUUGUUCCCAUUGUGUCCCCAAACUGGAACCAAUUCCUGAAUGGCCCCCUUUAGCCUCUUGUGGAGUCCCACCUUUUCAAAAGCCCCUUACAAGUUCCAGCAGGCUUUCUAGAGAUCAUGCCUCUUUAAAUGGAGCACUGCAGUUUGCUACCAAACAGUUAAGCCGAACAUUGAGCAGAGCUACUCCCAUACCUGAAUACUUAAAACAAAAUCCUAAUUCAUGUGUUUCUGGUUGUUGCUGUGGCUGGCUAACUAAAACAGUAAAGGAAACCACCCGCACCGAACCCAUCAACACUACUUAUUCCUACACUGACUUCCAAAAGGCAGUUAACAAACUCCUAACUGCUUCAUUAUAAAGAUUACCGUUCACCCUGAUAUCUCUGAUGUUGCUAUUUGAAGUGGGAGUCCAAAAUUAAUUACUACACAGGCUAUAGCUGAGAAAGAAAUGCCUUCUCAACCAAAUUGCCAUGUCCUAACAAGCUAAAGCACCCAAGGGCCCUGUAUUUCAGCUAUACAAAAUAUGUGUGGUAAGCAUACCUUCUGACAAACCCUAGAGAUAAAAUGAGAACUUCAGUAAAGAAUUAGUCAAAAGAAAACAUAUUUUAAAAGCUAACUUGAAUAUUCUCCACAAUUAGUAUUCACCCUACUUCAUUUUGUUCUGCCUGCCUGAAUGUACUUGUUAGAUGUCUGGUUAUUAAUGGAUAGGAAAAAAUAAACCAUCACCCUUUUGUUACUGAAUCAACAGAACAGACUGGUGGGAUUCAACCACCAGAAAGCAAGAAAUUAGCUACUCCCACUAAAAUCUUUUCAAGUAUGAUCUUCUCAACAUUCAUUUCUACAGCAGUAGUUAAAGUGAGUAAUUACAUGAGCAAAAGUGAUAGGAAUGUGGAUUUUUCUCUCAGGUUUUAUAUCGAUAUACCUUUUGGGGUUCCUGUUUUUUAUGGGGAGUGUAUUUUCAAAAUUAACCUACGAACUCUAAACCUAUUAAGGUAUCUGCAUUUACAACUUGAACAUUCUAUAUCAUAGGCUUUUACCAGGCUUUCUGUGUCUAAAUUGGCCCAUAAUAUCAUCCCUUGAAUUAUAACAGUCCACUAUUCUGUAGGGAGUAUGUUUCCUGAAUCUUGGCACUCAGACUUUUGUCAUGCGCAAAUAAAAUAUAUUCAAAAAAGAUAAAAAGGAUUAAGAGAGAAUAUGGUUUCACUAUCAACUGGUAAAAGAUUAAAACAUUUCAACUGUAUUACAUUUCAUGGAGCAGAAAUUUAUGCCCUUUCCACAUCCAUUGCAAACAUUUCAAAAACCCUUCUAAUAUUAAUGAAUCAGCCUAACACAUCUGAAAUUAAGCAUUUUAGCAGCAUUUUUUAAGUAGAUUAACUUCUGAUUUUCUUCUGACUGAAUAAGAGUAUAUGCCUUUGAGUACAUUGCCUAUGAUUCUACUAUGAGCCAAAACAUAGAGAUCAACAAAAAUAAAAUGCAUGAGACCAUUAAAUUUUUUGACAUAUCCUACAAUAAAAAGUGAAAUUUGUGUGUCAUUGUGGAUAACUGGGCAUCUAAAGGGAAUCAUAAAACAUAUUGUUAAAAAUGUAUCAUAUAUUCUCUUUAUUUUAGUUUUGCUUUUUCUUGUUCUCCAUAAUUGCUAUGUACAAGGUUGAAUAAAAAAAAUAAAGCAGUGAUGCAAUCACAAAUUUUGUAAAUAUAUAAAAGCUUAAGGAGAGCGAACAAUGUUUAUAACCUAAUAAGUAUUUCUACUGAGCUUUAGUUAUCCUGUCUUAAGGGGGAAAAUAAGAGUAUUAUAGUAAGUAGGGGAAAAAAAAACUUGUUCAUGGUAAUUAUUGACCUGGACCUAUAUCAUACUGUUAGUAUAACUGAAUGUAUCAGAAACUGUUCCUAUAUAGAUGUUCUGUGAAAUUGGUUUUUAAAACGUUACAAAAUCUGUUUUCCUUUUUUUUAGGGGUAAAGAUUGGAGGAGGUAGGAAAGAAAUCUGAAAAUUAAAAUGUGUUGUUUAUGUAUCCAUAACAUGUUUGUGUGUGUGUGUGUGUGUGUGUGUGUGUGUGUGUGUAAAAGUGCCUUGCUUGUGAAUGCAUUUUUGCUAUUCACUCCAAAAAGGAAGCCUUUUUCCACCUUGGCAGCUGAAUAAACAAACAUCU